AUGCUUGGAGUGUGCAAAUUAUUUCGUUCACCAUUCGGAGCUCGUGAAACACCAGCGAGUCAUACAGGGGAAGAGGCCCCUUCAGGUGCCUGGAGUGUGGGAAGUGGCUUUGCGCGCCAGUCCGUCCUCGUGAACCACCACAGGAUCCACACGGGGGAGAAACCCUACAAAUGCCCGGAGUGCGUGAAAUGCUUCAACCCCAGAGAUAGCAGCUUGUCAGGCAACGGAGAGUCCACACGGGGAGAGAAGCCGUACAAGUGUUCCCGAGUGCGAAGUGCUUCGCACGCACACUCGGUUCCUCAUCAAUCACCAAAGGGUCCACACGGGGAGAAGCCUUACCAGUGCUUGGAGUGUGCGAAAUGCUUUGCACGGCAGUCCGUCCUCAGAGUCCACACGGGGAGAAACCCUAAUGUGCUUGAAGUGUGGGAAGUGUUUGCCCAGCAGUCGGACCUCGUGAAACACCGGCGCAUCCACACGGGGGAGAGGCCGUACAAAUGCCUGGAGUGCGGGAAGUGUUUUGCCAUCCACUCGGACGUCGUGAACCACCAGCGAGUCCACACGGGGGAGAAGCCUCACAAAUGCCAGGAGUGCGAGAAGUGUUUCGCUCAGCGCUCGGCCCUCAUGAUCCACCAGGAGUCCACACGGGAGAGAAGCCCUACAAGUGUAUGGAGGUGCGACAAAUGCUUCUCUCAGCUGUCCAACCUCGUGAAGCACCAGCGAGUCCACACGGGAGAGAAACCCUACGAAUUGCCUGGAGUGUGGGAAGUGCUUCGCUCGGCACUCGCACCUCCGCGUUCACCACAGAGUUCACUGAGAGGCGAAAGCCAGCCAACGCCUCAACGAUCACGAGAGCUUGAUGGAGAAAGGGAGCCUUAUUCAGUAUCAAAUAGCCAGCACUUAAGAACAUAA